UUGAAGAAGUCGAGUAUGCCGUUCAGUCUGAUCCCGUCUCUUUACGCCGCAAAGCCCCUGCCAACAGUCCAUGACUGGAAGGCGCUUUGGAAAGCAUGGGAUAUUGUGACAAAGGACAUGAUUGCCGACGAAGAGCUUCAAGAGAAACCCAUCAAACUGCGCAACGCGUGCAUCUUUUAUCUUGGUCAUAUUCCAACCUUUCUCGACAUUCAGUUGACCAAGACUACGGGUCAACCCCCGACCGACCCUGCGUCCUACUAUUCCAUCUUUGAGAGAGGAAUCGACCCUGACGUAGACAACCCAGAGCAUUGCCAUUCGCAUUCAGUGAUUCCUGACGAAUGGCCCUCUGUUCAAGAGAUCACUGAAUACCAAGGAAGGGUCAGAUCUCGUCUGCAAAAGCUGUAUCAGAAUGACCAGGACAAGAUCCCUCGAGAGAUUGGCCGGGCCAUCUGGGUUGGCUUCGAACACGAGCUGAUGCAUAUUGAGACCUUGCUUUACAUGAUGCUCCAAAGCGACAAGACACUUCCUCCACCGCAUACAGUACAGCCCGACUUUGCAAAGAUGGCUCAGCAAGCGUACAAUGCUAGAGUCUCUAACCAGUGGUUUGAUGUUCCUGAACAGACAAUCACGUUGGGCAUGGAUGAUCCCGAGGAUGGCGCUGACCUCUCGCGUCACUUUGGCUGGGAUAACGAGAAACCAGCACGUCAGGCGAACGUCCAUGCAUUCCAAGCUCAAGGCCGACCUAUCACUAAUGAAGAGUAUGCUCAAUACUUGUACAACUCCAACAUUGAUCGAGUUCCAGUUUCAUGGUCCUCGGUUGCUUCUAACAAGCAAGAUGGGGCUACCAACGAUCACCACACUAAUGGCCAUUCAAAUGGUUACUCCAACGGAAAUGGGAAUGGCCAUCACGUAAACCAGGUUCCCGACUCAUUUAUCGAGGGCAAGUUUGUUAAGACCGUGUAUGGGCUAGUUCCUCUCAAGUACGCUCUUGACUGGCCCGUAUUCGCUUCGUACGACGAGCUUGUUGGCUGCGCUGCGUGGAUGGGUGGUCGAAUUCCUACCUUUGAGGAGGCCAAAAGCAUUUAUGCACACGUCAACAAGCAGAAGGCCGAAGCUGAACGUAUCCUGUCCAAGACGGUUCCUGCAGUUAAUGGACACCUUGUCAAUGAUGGCGUAGAGGAAACCCCGCCAUCCGAACCUUCAGCUUCGGUCAAGGAUAGCUCUUCUGAGCUAUUCUUUGACCUGACCGACGCCAACGUCGGUUUCCGCCACUGGCAUCCCAUGCCGGUUACCUCUCGGGGCAACAAACUUGCUGGCCAAGCUGAGAUGGGCGGCGUCUGGGAAUGGACGAGCUCAGUUCUCGAACGACAUGAAGGUUUUGAGCCCAUGUCUCUGUAUCCUUUGUACACCACCGACUUUUUCGAUGGCAAGCACAACAUUGUCUUGGGCGGUUCGUGGGCAACUCACCCACGUAUCGCAGGACGGACAAGUUUUGUCAACUGGUACCAGAGGAAUUAUCCCUACGCAUGGGUAGGGGCCAGACUGGUACGGGAUAUUUAACGGUGAUUAUGUUUGAUCUACGAUUUCUUAUCGUAAACGAGUUGUGUUGAUUUUGUUUUGUAUUGUUGGAGUUUUGACAUUUAUAUGGGCCCCAAAUUGCCAUAGGCGGGAUGAGAAGGAGGAAAGUCACUCCCUGAGAAAGCAAAUGUGUCGUUCAUAUCCGUCUCUAUUUACCCUUGUA